CGUAUUUUUCUCGACGCAGCUGACGAUGUAAACAAGAGAAGGUAGCACCGUCGAGGACAAGAGGCCUUAAAUGUUAGUCAUUACUCAGUCAUAAACGUUGGACAUGGGGCUUCCAGUUACUAUUAAAGUCAAUUUCCGAGGGAAUGUGAAGAGGUUUUUGGCCCAGGACUUGGACAAAUUGGAGUGGGAAGCGGUGGAAGCCUGGAUAAAAGCAUCAUUCGGGAUCAGUCACUUUCAAGUAAAAUACUUUGACGAGGACAAUGAAGAGAUUUGCAUCAACAGUCAAGACGAAUAUGAAGAAGCCAUCAAGAGUGCAGAGAAGCAGGGGAACCAGUUGCACAUGAACGUGUACAAGAUGAAAGGUCAAGCUUGCGGAGGCCCCCUGAAGACAGAGGUGAAGGAGCUUAAAGGAGACCUCCGUCCUGCUCCUCCUUAUCCCUCCAGAGUUAAGACAGUGGACAAAGGCACACAAGUUACCCCAGAGCGAGAAGCUGCCCCAGUAAAGGACAGCAAAGGGAGCAAAUCAGAAGAUGAGCCACCUCCUGUUUGGUUCAGAGCAUACAUGGAAAAGUUUAAGGAUGAAGUUGUAAAAGAGGUAGUGGAAAGGAUGUGCAGUGACUUUUCUGGGCAGUGUUGUACCCAUAAGUCUCCUGAUGGGCCCCACGAGGCCACAGGGGCUGCUGGCAGUCCUGUUGGGCCUAGACCAGGCCCUUCAUCCUCAAAUGGAUCUCUUGGUUAUACCCCAAAUUGCAGCAGCUGCAACAAACUCACCUCUGAGGGGGCCUACAAAUGCAGUGUGUGCCCAUCCUGCAUCCUGUGUGAGAUAUGCCGACAUAGCCAUGACCCCAGCCACAACCUCGUGAGAACCAAGACACCUCUCUCCAUCCCUGAGCACGGAAUGUCGGGAGAAUUAAGGUUCCCAAGGCGAGGAGACAGGACAGUACGCAAGGCUGAGCGACAGCGCCUCAAAGCUGAAAGAAGGCAAUUGAGAGCUGAAGUGAAGGAAAUCAAGAAGAAACUGAGACUGGAGAAGAAGGGGCUACAGUGGAGUGGGCCCUCUACCUCAGGCAGGGCCAAUCUGACAAACAUGGCCUCUGCCUCCACCCAGGUUCCAGCCCCACCCCCAGCCGCUGCCUCAGAAACAGCCUCAGGUCCAGCCCUAACCCAAGGUCCCAUCCCUGCCCCGGUCCCUGAUCCCCAGGCCUCCAGUCCAGAGGGUCCCGGGGUCUCGCACACAUCCUUGGUGCCCACUAUGGCUGCCUUGUUUCUGGAUGAAAAUCUGCCUGACGGCACCUGCCUGGAGCCUGGCACCAAGUUCAACAAAUACUGGAAGAUGAGGAACUCGGGCACUAUCAGCUGGACCUCAGAGACUAAGCUAGUGUUCAUGUGGGGAAACCUUGGCCUGGCAUCAGAAGAGAGACGGGAGGUGCCGGUUCCCAUGUUGCUACCAGGACAAGUCGGUGUGGUCAGUGUGACAUUUGUGGCACCUGUGAUGGAGGGGACGUACACCUCCCACUGGCGCCUCGCGCACCGCGGAUGUCAGUUUGGCCCACGCAUUUGGUGCAGCAUUGUGGUUGACCCUGGGAAUGGCCGGAAUGCACUUGGUCCUCAGCGCAAACGACUGAGGGAGGAUGUGAAGUCAGUGGAAAUGGAGGAUAUAAGGUCCCAUGAAGGCUUUUGUGCAUAUCAUGAUGAGGAUUACUUCCCCUCAGUUGACCUGCUGACUGCACAGGAUCUGCUGUCAUUUGAGCUGCUGGAUAUUAAUAUUGUGCAAGAGUUGGAGACUGUUCGUAACAACACUCCUGUGGAUUUGACCCCCUGCAUAUCUCCUCUGCCCCAUGAUGCACCAGUGUUGGAGAAGGCCGUUAUUUCAAAGACAAAAGACUGCACUGAGGUCACAGGGGUUAGAAGACUUUUUGGAGUCAUCCCAAGAUCCAAAAGGGAGUCAUUGGAGCCGAUAGCCCAGGAGGAGGAGAGGGAAGACGAGAUCAGCGGAGCCCAGUUUCUCUGUGAGACAGUUAUUCGCUCCCUCACAUUGGAGGAAGCCCCCGACCACAAACCCUUGAAAAGAGACAAGUGCAGCAGCCGCAAGCCUCAUGCAUUUUCAGUGAUUUCCCGAGGCCCCUGCUUUUCUUUCAAGAAAACACUAGAGGUGGAGGAGACGGAUGGGGUUCUAGAAGAACUCAACAAGCUUAGGCCCGUCCGAACUCUAGCUCCGCCUGCCAGCCCAGGUCUAACCCACAUUAUAAUGGAGGUUGAUACCAAGCAAGAAGAGGCGGAGGUGCUGACUGAGACCAAAAACAUGAAGGAUACUCAAGGAGAGAAAGAAGAAGGUGGGAACAAAGGUGAAGACUGGGAUGAGGUUAGCAGCCAAACCUCCUCGGUCUCCUCCUGCGAUGACUACAUAAUUGUUCUCCCAGACUGCUUUGACACCAGCCGACCCCUGGGGGAGUCCAUGUACAGCUCUGCCAUGUCUCAGCCUGACUCUGCCGUCACUGGGACCUCAGCCGCUCCAAAUGUACAUGAGGACAGAGAGGUAGACGCCAGCUCAAAGAUGGACGGUGCAGCGUCGCCGGCAGAACAACAGGAGCAGAUGGAAGAGGUUCCUGCUGAGGAUUCCUCUGUGCACGCUCUGCCUUUGUUUGUUUCUCCUGGCCACAGCAGUGUGAACAGGAUGCUGUGUGCCUCCCAAACUCUUGACACAGUCACUCUCUCCCCUGAAGUGGUUCCACCACCAGUUCUCCCUGAACCUUUGCAGCAUCCCCCGGCACUCUACUCACCCAGGUCUGAGGCACUGUACCUGGCUGAGGACCCCAGUCCUCCAGCCUGUGAACCAUAUGAGCCACGACAGCCGAGAGUGCUCCUAAACGUGUCAUCUGGACUGUCGAGAUCAGCGGGCUCAGCAUCUAGUGCCUUUGAGGCGUAUAACCCGAGACCCAGCAAUGCAUUGCAGCCAAGAAACCAAGGUGGCAUCACAGAGGGGUUUGUCAAAGGUGCCCUUUCUGUGGCAGCGUCCGCUUAUAAGGCGCUCUUCACUGCACCAAACUGCUCCAUACAGCGAGGCAUUGACCCAGCUGCCAGAGAGGACCCCGCUAUGAUGGCGAUGCUGCUGGAGAUGGGCUUCAGUGACCAACGGCUCAACCAGCAGCUCCUGAGGAAGCACAACUACAGCCUUCUACACACCGUCAACGAGCUGGUGCAGAUGGCUGAAGACAGGCAGAACCGAGCUGACAACGCUCACCGCUGAGGACAGCAACGCGGUGGGAAGGUCAGCAUGAGGCCGGUCAACAGCUCUUAGUAGGAAACUACCGCUGCGUCCUCUCUUACCAAAACAUAUAGAUAAUUCAUCUCUUUCUUGCAUUUGGAGUUUCACUUAGAGCUGUUUAAAGCACAGACAGAGAGUGUAUUUAUUCUUUUAAUUGAUGGAUUUUUCAGAGGGUCAUCGCUUAUUCGAUGGGGAAUGAUGCCACUUUGACAUAUCAAAAUAUGGGACACAAAAAAGGAGUGAUAUUUUGUAGGUUUGGAUCUAUUAGAGA